UUUCUCUUUAUUCAGUCAAUGAAAGAGAGAUUUAAAUAUAUUUUCUGAAACUCUUCAGAGACUUUAGGUGUGAGCCCACAACGAAUACAACUCCCUUUGUGCCCAUAAUAUUUUGUCUCUUUCCCAAAUUUACUCCCUUCUAUUCUAAGUUUCUAACUAUAUAUAUACAUCUCUUUAGGGAAACAGUACAAUUAUUAAAAAGAAAAAGAAAAUGAAGAUUCAAUGUGAUGUUUGUGAUAAAGAAGAGGCAUCAGUUUAUUGUUCAGCAGAUGAAGCCACACUUUGCCAAAACUGUGAUUAUCAAGUGCAUCAUGCCAACAAGCUUGCAAGCAAACAUCUUCGCUUUUCUCUAAUUCAUCCUUCUUUCAAAGAUUCUCCUCUUUGUGACAUUUGCCAGGAAAGACGUGCACUGCUAUUUUGUAAAGAAGAUAGAGCAAUUCUUUGCAAAGAAUGUGACUUGCCUAUACACAAAGCAAAUGAACACACAAAGAAACACAACAGAUUUCUUCUAAGUGGAGUUCAGCUCUCUUCUGAUGUACUUGCUUCUAAUUCUAAUAACCAAAAUUCAAUAUCCCCAACUGGAUCUGCUGCAAGUAAUGCUGGUACAAAUAACUUUAAAGCACGUAGUGGUAAUUUUGGGAUGAAGAGUAAUUCGAUUUCGAGUACUACAGAAUCGACACCUAAUUAUUUUCAAGUUGAUUAUCAUGUACAAGAGGGUUCUGUUUCAACUAGUAGCAUAUCAGAAUAUUUGACUGAGACUCUUCCUGGUUGGCAUGUCGAAGAUUUUCUUGAAUAUCCCUCUUCUUCUUCAUAUGAAUUUUGAUCAGAUACGACCAGCUGUGUAGUUUUUUUUCCACUACAGUAAGUGGGGAUACCUCUUAAUAUCAAAUGGAGUACCUGUUCCUCAGAUCAACUCUCCAUCU